CGCGAAUAACGAAGCUUGAAAAGAGUGGGCAUCAGUAUGUGCCGACACUUGGGCGCGACAACAGGUCCGCCUCUCAGCAUAAAUAUUUUUGUCUAGAAGUGAAUAGGGUAAUGGCGAACCACAAGGAGGAAAUGAUCCUGGAAUGCGAAGUGGUCGUUGUUGGAGGGGGAGUAAUGGGUUCCAGUGCCGCCCACUACCUCGCUGAAUACGGGCGGGAUACAGUGCUCAUAGACCAAUUUCCCUUGCCACACACCCGGGGGUCGAGCGGAGGACAUACUAGGAUCACCAGACUUGCCAAUUACGGCGACCCCGCCCUAACGGCCAUCAUGAAGGAAUCCUUUGACCGUUGGCUUCAGCUGGAGCGUCAGUCAGGCGUCAAUCUCUUCAGACCAGCUCCCUUGCUGGCUGUUGGCUCAGUGUCUUCGGGAAACACUGGGCACGAACUGGAUAAUGUGACGGCAUCGAUUCACGCCAGCGGAAGCACGCCGGAAGCACUUGAUGUAGCCUCGGCCAAUCAGCGGUUUAGAACGAGUUUCCCUAGUAACUACAGAGCUGUUGUAGACCCAAGUGCAGGUGUGUUGAUGGCAGACAAAUGUUUAAAGACAUUACAGAGCCUUUUCACCAGCAACGGCGGCCGGGUGCUGGACGGGUGGCCAGUGACGUCAAUCAGCCCGGGGGACACCGUGGAACUCCGAGGACCUAAGGGCCGCGUGAGAGCCAAGGCCGCCGUGAUAUGUCCUGGGCCCUGGGCUGGUCCUCUCCUCGGAAGGCUUGGUGUCCAGGUGCCGGUCAGAGCAGAGAAGAUUGGCGUCUACUACUGGAAACUCCGAGAUCCCAAGACACCGGCGUUUACGUUCAUUGACCUGAGUUCCCCUGAGAAUCAUUUCUAUGCCCUUCCAGAUUACGAAUACCCAGGAUACAUGAAGUUGUGCUACCAUGCUGGGCUCCGGACUGACCCCGACCAGCGAGACAAGGUGGACAUGUCGACGGUGCAGAGGAAGGCAGAGGAGUAUGUGAAAAGGUUCUUCCCUUGCCUCGAGCCCAAACCUUCUGUGGUGGAAUCAUGCAUGUAUACAAUUACCCCUGAUAACAACUUUGUGUUGGACCGACACCCUCAGCAUCAUAAUCUGGUGUUUGGUGCUGGAUUCUCUGGCACUGGAUUCAAGAUCGCACCAGCGUGUGGAGAAGCGCUGGCAAAGAUGGCUAUGGGUUCUCAACCUCAGCUUGAUUUCUCGUCAUUUAGUCUUGACAGAUUUUACAGAAGCAAGCUGUAAGGAAACACUUAUAGUACUGCAUGUUAAUGGUAAUUUUCUUAUGCAUAAAUGUAGAUUAAGUCAGAUGUAUAGGAAUUAAAAAGGGGAAUAUUAGCAUCUAUAAAAAUGUAUGUACCUUCUCUUCUUCUUCCUCCUCUCUCUCCUCCUCCUCCUUUUCCUCCUCUCCCUCCUCCCCCUCCGUGGGUGAUGGCGAGGAGAAUGGCUUGUGUCUGUGAUCUCUUUCUCUCCCUCCCUCCCUCCCUCUCUCUCUCUCUCUCUCUCUCUCUCUCUCUCUCUCUCUCUCUCUCUCUCUUCUCUCUCUCCUCUCUCUCUCUCUCUCUCUCUCUCUCUCUCAUAUUGCGCGUAACCUAAGAAAAUGAACAGAAAGUAAAAUAAUUUGAUUCAUAGGUGAAGUGUAGCAAGAAAAAAAAUACAUCUUGGUGAGUAGACCCACUGUUACGACUGGGAAGAGAGUAGUUUCUACCGUCAUUUUAUUGGCUACAGAUAUCACAUCAAAACACGAUUAUGAAGACGACAUUAUCUUAAUGAAGUGAAAGAAAUUCCUAUUACAGCAACUGGUUCUGGUAUUCAUUUUUUGCAAAUAUAUAGUUAUUCCUCACUGAAAUAAUGUCAUUAUUUUUAUUUUCAAGUCUUUUUGCUCUCGAAAUAAUGGUGACACACUAGGCUACUAUAAGUGCUGAAUGAGGUGGUAUACAGUUCUGUACUGUUAUAUAAUGAUGUAUGUAAUUUCCAAUUUCUUUUUAAUAUCUUUGUAAUCAAUGGAUUUAUAAAUCAUAUUGCAAGAUAUGUGCAGUUCUGAUAAUUGCACUGUCGGUAUUUUUUAUUUGGGGAUACUUGUGCGGUUUGUAGUAGUCCGUGAGGGAGAAGUCGAUCACUAAGGAUGACUGUAAUUUGUUAUUUUAAUUUCACAAAUAUCUGCGACAGGAAAGAAACCCGAUAAAGGAAUCAACAUGUGUGUCCAAACGGUACAAAAUAAAAAUUUUAAAAACAAAA